UGUACCUCAAGUCGUCACAACUCGUUAAUCUACAUCUACUCAGUGUUAGAGUAUCAUCCUGAGUUAACAUAAUGGCAGGCGCAAUCGGUAGAAUAAGAGCUUCUCAGCUCACCCGCCAAAUUAGGCACUUUAGCUCCAGCUCGGUUCGACAUGCAGCUGAGGUAAAGAGCCUAGGCGUCAUAGGCGCGGGUCAAAUGGGCCUAGGUAUCGCUUUGGUCGCCGCUCAGAGGGCCAGUGUCCCCGUUACACUUGUAGACUCUUCAAAAGCUUCACUUGAUAAAGGGAUUGGGUUCGCAGAAAAAUUAUUAUCCAAAGAUGUUUCUAAGUCACGGAUCACACAAGAGCAAGCGGAUGAGGCGAGGUCUCGGCUCUUACCUACCACAGCUAUCGAAGAGCUCUCAACGGUCGAUUUUGUAAUUGAGGCCGUGCCGGAGAUUCCGCAGCUGAAAUUUGACAUAUUCGCCAAGCUUGCUGAAAUCUGCCCGAAGCACGCUAUCCUAGCAACUAACACAUCGUCCAUCUCCAUCACGAAGAUCGCCGCAGCGACUACUAAGGACCCCAACGACACGUCGGCAAGUUCUCGCGUAGUAUCGACUCACUUCAUGAACCCCGUACCCAUCCAGAAGGGUGUCGAGAUCAUCAGUGGGUUACAGACAAGCGCUGAGACCCUCGAAACUGCUAUUGCUUUCUGUAAAGCCAUGGGGAAGAUUCCUUCCGUAUCCUCUGAUUCCCCGGGAUUCUUGGCGAACCGGAUCCUGAUGCCGUACAUCAACGAAGCGGUGAUAUGCCUGGAAACCGGCGUUGGUGACCGAGAUGCUAUCGAUGCCAUUAUGAAGAAUGGCACGAACGUACCGAUGGGACCGCUCCAGCUAGCCGACUUCAUUGGACUUGACACAUGCUUAGCUAUCAUGAAGGUCCUUCACCAGGAGACAGGGGACUCAAAAUACCGACCGAGUGUGCUUCUCGCUAAGAUGGUAGAUGCUGGCUGGCUUGGGAAGAAGAGUGGUAAGGGGUUUUAUGACUAUUAACCGAGUGGAUUUAAAAGUUAUGACAUUAUAUAUUUACAUCGCCUGAUCAGUAUAUGGUCAUGCGUUUUGUAAUUCCAAUAAAUAGGUGCAUAUUUACCUGAAGGAGUUUGUCCCUCCAUAUGUCACUACUAAAGUAGAUAUUAGGAGGCGAAGAGUUCCGAGGACUGGUGGUCUAAAAUUGAGGCCAUUAUAAGAAAAUAUAUUAAUGGAAGAGGUUAUUUACCUGAGUACCUAUCCAUAUAUAUCAAAUAGUAUGUUUAGCUGUGUCGAUAUUGAAAGGUGUGUAUCACUAUGCGUAGCC